AUGUCAGCGCGGGAGGCCGCGAAGCUGGUUUUGCUUCGUCCGGGCGACGUCUACUUCUUCAGCGGGGGGACCGCGCACACGGCCAUGGCCACAGCAGGGCCUCAGGGCGGCGCGGGGUCGCGGGGUCGUGCGCCUGCCGCUCGAGGCUCUCUGCGUGUCCGAGGGCAUGGGUCUCAGCAGCUACGACCGGCAUCCCAGGGGUACCACUAUGCCUCGCAUGCCUCGCUGUGCCUUCCAUCGACGUGUCGCAUCUCCCCUUUUUUGCUGAGCUCCACAGCGGCCUCUGCAUGCAGACCUGCGAUCGCAGCAGCCCAUGCUGGCAACUGGCUCAGCAUAAGAAAGAGCAACAGCCUUCACGCCUUCGCAUCUGGCGGGAGGCUGGAAGGCGCCAUGCCAGUCGACGAGUUCGAGGAGAUCCUGGAAGAGGCGUUGCUUGGAGAUCUUUGGGGAGGUGGCAGAGCAGCUGGAAAGCGCCGCCAGCCAGCUAAUGCAGGUCCCGUGUGCAUAGUCAUGGAGAAUCGUAAAGCCGACCCCGUUUGCAAAGGGUGGCCCCAGCAGCCCAAGCCCCCGUUUGCCUGCCUGUUUGGCUGUUUGGGUUGGGUCGUGUCUGCGCUGAAGUCACCCCUUCCGCCCCUCCUUGCCAGGCAGCUUUGGCGCACAUUACGGCAGGAGCUGCUUGCAGACCAGGCUGCGACGAUGCGUCUGCUGCAAGAACACUGGGCCGCCACGGUUGCACAGUGCUUGGCCAGGAGCCGAUUCCUUCGACAGCAAUGCUCAGCUACAGUGCGUCGGGCACAGCGGCGCCUGCAGCAAGGUCGAGGCUUCGCUGCGAGGGAGGAUUCCCGGAGCUCGAGCCCACAGGGCGACCGUGCCGUGCGCAAGCGCUCCCGAAGCCCACUUCGCCAGGGCACAGUGUCGAACUGA